AUGGGGUCGUCGGUGCGCGGCGACGAGGCCAUCCCACCAAUUCUCGUCUGGAACCACGUCCUCACUCACACUGCCAAAAUAUCGGUCCAGUAUCUCGACGAAAUGAUGGAUGAUCUCAAGGACUUCAAGCUCAUUGUCAUCAGCAUCAAUGCGCAUGCAGAAAUACAGGCUAGCAUACCUCCGGUAUACAACCUUGUAACCCCUCCACUCGACAAAGUUGCAGAGUUUGGGCCCUCGUGUAAGAACGAGUCCACUGAGCUCGCGAAUGACCUUUUGAACAUUAUGUGGGAUACUGACCUUGGUCCUCUCCUUCUGGGUGUACGGAGAAUACCACUUGGUGAGCCUCACCUUGCCCUGGCGGCUGAUCAGGCACGAAAUUAA